CUUGAAGCACUCAUUUGGGAAUUGUGACCAUGACGACUGGAUCGACUGGGGUGAAGCUGGUCGUGGAGGGCAUGCGCUGCCAGAACAAGUGCGCUCGGCGUAUUCGAGAGGCUCUGGAGGACAUCCCCGGCGUCGCCUCCGCCGACGUACGAUUCCAAGGCAAGAGCGCGACGAUCACGUUUACCUCGCCCCAGACGUCCGUGUCAGUGGUCGAGCUGAUCCAGGCCGUGCGUGGGUUGGACGCAGGACUGAACAAGUCAUACGAUGCGUACCUUCCAGGGGACGAUCGUCGUGCACGUACUGUGGUUCUCCACGUGGAUGGGAUGAGCUGCAUGAUGAAUUGCGCGCGCAAGGUGGAAUCCGCGCUUGCAACUGCGGCUGGCGUUAAGUCGGCCAAAGUUGACUUCGAUCUCAAGCAAGCGACGGUGGUCAUUGAGCCCGGGAGUCGCAUCACCGAAGACGACUUGAUCGACACGGUGCAAGGCGCCGGGAAAAAGUUUGUUGCAUCCGUCCAGGUCAGUUCGCCGCGCGUGGUCGUUCCCACCAGUCCCGCGGUGCCAAUCCUUCCGUCGCUAUCAUCCUCUACUACUCCGCCAACGACCAAAUCUCAUGCAUCUAUCUCCAUCAAGGAACUUCCCGCGGAUUCGUCGUCGUCCCGCGUCACAAUCGCAGUGUCUGGCAUGACGUGCAACUCGUGCGCCAACUCGGUCGAGUCGGCGUUGCGCGCCACGGCCGGCGUCGAGUCGUGCGUGGUGAACUUCGCCACGGAGAGCGCGAGCGUCAAGUUCAUCGCUUCGACCAUCGGCAUUCGGUCGCUGAUCGAGGUCGUGGAAGGCAUCGGGUACGGCGCGGCGGUGGCCACCACGAGCGCCGUGGUACAGUCCGACGACAACCGGCAGAUCGACAUUGCCACGUGGCGAAGCACGUUCGUCGUCGCGCUCGUGUUUACGUUUCCCAUUUUGAUUGUCAUGAUGCUGCUGGACAACAUUGCGCCGAUUUCCCGCGGCCUGCGCACCCAAGUGUUUCACAUCAACGGGUCCACAUGGAACGACCUUGUCUUGUUCUUAUUGGCCACCCCCGUGCAGUUUUACUGCGGCCGCCGCUUCCACAUCGACGCGUGGAAAGGCGUGAGGAACCGCGUGCUCGGCAUGGCGUUCUUAGUGUCCAUGGGCACGAAUGCCGCCUACUUCUUUGCCGUGUUUAGUGACCUCCGCUGCCUCUACCUCGGUGAUGCGUCCUUCAGUGUCCCUGACAUGUACAUGACAUCGUCGACCCUCGUGACAUUCAUCGCCCUUGGCAAAACACUCGAAGCAGUCGCCAAAGGUCGAACCAACGACGCAUUGCGCAAACUGUUUGACCUGCAAGUCAAGGUGGCGACGUUAGUCGUGUCAGACCACGGGUCCACAAGUGAAAAAGUCGUCCCGAUCGAGUUGGUCCAGCGCGGCGAUGUGCUUAAAGUCGUGCGCGGCACGAGCGUUCCUGCGGAUGGCGUCAUUACCCAAGGCGAAGGCCGGCUGGACGAGUCCAUGCUCACGGGGGAGUCUCGAUUGAUUAAGAAGAGCGUCGACGACACUGUGUUGGGCGCUACCAUGAACAUUGACGGGUUGUUCUACAUGCGCGUGACGGGUGUGGGCCGAGAUACGGCGCUCAGUCAGAUCGUUCGACUCGUGGAAGACGCGCAGACGUCGAAAGCGCCGAUUCAAGCGUAUGCUGACCAGGUCGCGGCGGUGUUUGUGCCAGUGGUGCUGGUGCUGUCGACAGCUACUUUUUUAAUAUGGUACAGCUUGGGCUCGCUUGGGUUUGUAGACUUGCCCCAGCACACGAGUGCAUUUUUGUUUGCGUUCAAGUUUGCCAUUUCGACGCUGGUCGUAGCGUGUCCAUGCGCGCUUGGGCUGGCGACGCCCACGGCCGUGAUGGUAGGAACGGGCGUCGGUGCAUCCCUGGGCAUCCUCAUCAAGGGCGGCGAGCCGCUCGAAGCCGCCAAUCACGUCGACACGGUGCUAUUCGAUAAGACGGGCACGCUCACCAACGGCACGCCUUCCGUGACCGAUAUUGUCGUGGUUGCCCAUCCCUCAACUGAUGGCCAAGAAGGAGAUGACAUAACAUCCUCAUGUCCAGAUGAACUGGUGCGGCUGGCGGCGUCGGCCGAGCUCGGCAGUGAACACCCUCUUGGCCGCGCCCUGGUGAACCGCGCCAAGCUGCUGGCGAAACCACUCGAGACCCCAGUGACGUUCCACGCCGUGUCUGGCAAAGGCAUCUCGGUGGAGCUGAGCGAUGAAACGGUGCACUUGGGCAACUUGGACUACAUGGACAAGUGCGGGCUGCAGAGGGGUCAUGUUGAUGACGCUGUGCGCGGCCGACUCGAAGCGGCGGGAAAGACUGUCAUUUACAUGGGUUUAUGCGACCGAGUCGUGGCUCUCUUUGGCAUCUCGGACGCCGCCAGACCAGACGCCAAGGCCACCGUAGCGCAGCUGCAUGCCCGGGGCAUGGCUGUGUACAUGGUGACCGGCGACAAUCGGCGCACGGCGCACUGGAUCGCAGAGCAAGUGGGCAUCCCCGUGCAUCAUGUUAUGGCAGAGGUGCUCCCGUCCAACAAAGUUGCCAAGGUCCAAGAACUGCAAGCCGCGGGACGGGUCGUGGCGAUGGUUGGCGACGGCAUCAACGACGCACCGGCCCUCGCCCAGGCGGAUUUAGGUAUCGCCAUCGGCGCAGGAACUGACAUUGCCAUGGAAACUGCGCAAAUGGUGCUUAUGAAGAGCGCGCUCAAGGACGUGGUGGUCGCGUUCGACUUGUCGCAGACGAUCUACCGUCGCAUUCAAAUCAACUUUGUGUGGGCGAUGGGGUACAACAUCGUGCUGCUGCCAUUAGCGGCCGGCGUGCUCUAUGGGUUCCGAAUCCAGAUUCCGCCCAUGUUUGCUGGAGCUGCCAUGGCGUUCUCGUCCGUGUCCGUGGUGGCGUCGUCCCUGGCACUCAAGUGGUACCAGCCCCCGACCACACACCAUAGUCAUCGUCACCGCGCCGAUACGGCCGACGAACGCACGCCGCUGCUGCAUGUGUAGUUCGUUGCAAUAUACUAUUAAUAGUGUGCAUUUCGCCCUCCUUUAGUGAUUGUUGAGGAUUGAUGGGAACUACGCAAAGCUGUUUGAUUGGAUAAAAAGAAUGAAGGGUUAAGUAU